AUUUAACAUUGGCGAACGAUUUGAAAGGUGCUUUUUUUUGAAUCAGAAGACGACAACAAAAUUUUAUCAAACUCUAUGUUUUUAUUUUUUUAGUGACAAAUUUUCAACGUUUAUUGGUUGGAAGUUAAUCCCAUGAAAUAAAAAACAAUAUGGCCAACCACACAGAAUAUGUGGAUCCUGAAACUGCUCAAGCCUUCGCAGCAGGAGUUGAAAAACAAAGAACAGUUAGCACAAGUACCCCUUCUGUUGUAAAAAGUUUAUGUUGCAGUGUUCUCUCUGAACAUGAUAGUGGUUUUGAAGAUACAACAGCCGAUUCUUGCUUCCUAACAAAGACAACCUCUAGUAGUUACAGCUACACACCAGACUCAAGUUUCCAAUCAAACAUUUCUACGGGUAGACUUUUCUACAGUCCAAUCCUAAAAGAACGACAACAGACUAAAGUAGACAAUUUUUGCGACUGGGAAAUUGCAGAGGAAGAAGAUGUGUAUCAAAAGAUUAAUAAUCGCGACUUUAACAAUCUGCCAUGUCGCAAUUUGACCUUUGACACUGAUUGUGAGAGUGACCCUAAUUCUAGUCCAGUGAAUUCUGAACUUGCUGAGAAAUUUAAAAAAGUUCUCAAAGCAUUUUCUCCCCCUGUGCUUGACCGAUUAAUUGGACGUAAAAUGGGACUAGAAAAAGUAGACAUAAUUUUUGAACUCCACCGAAGAAAUGUUUCAUGUUUAUCUACCAUUUUAAAUUAUUUAAAACCAAAAGACUUGUGCAGUAUGUGUGAAGUAAGUCGGAAAUGGAAGAAUGUGGUAGAAUCUGAUCCAAGAUCAAUAUCUCGACGUAAAACUUACCUGAAAAAAAAUCGUCUGAGAAAUGAUGCAAUACUCAAGGAUAAGGAAAAUUCUUUUAAUUUUUCAAAGUCCCUUUUAUUGGUUGAUCCAUCCAGAACUCCAAGUGAUUUUAGUAAUCAAAGAUGUCUUCCAGUUCCACGAAAUUCUACACCCUAUUCUAAUUUGUCAUCCACAGAAGUAUUCGCAUUGGCUGCCGAUUCCCUUCGGGAAGGAGAAAUGUUAAAACACUGCCCAAAAUGUUUUGGUGCUUCCAGGGUUUUACCAGGUUAUGAUCGUGGGACUUGUUUUCGUAGCGGAUGUGAUUUUGACUAUUGUGCUAAGUGUUUUGGUGAAUAUCACGGAGCUCGACCUUGCAUUCCUGUGGCAGCCAAAAAACCAAAGACAGAAAUCGUUGGAUCAAAGAAAUGCAAAAAAAGUCUGAAAAGGUUAUGUGCAUUAUAGCGAUAAAAAAAGAGAUAACCCUGUCAACAGUAUGAUAGACUGAAUCUCAAUAACGAUCUAAGGAGGUGGGUGUGGGCUGCCCAAGAAAAGAAGCUCCAGUCAAUUAUCUCCUUAUGCAAUACACAACUAGUCGGAAAUGUGUUCCUGGUUGUUAACUUAGUGCUUGUGGUAAAAUACCAAGAUGGAAGCGUCAAGUUAGCCAGUCUUUCAAUCCAAAGAGAACAGAUGUCAAAAACAAUAUUCAUAACAGAUUUAAUAUAUUUUUCUGUAGUUUUAGUUUUCGUAGUCAAUGUUUCAAUAAUAAUUCAAAAUAGUAUUUUCUAUCUCUUUGGUUACACAAGUCAAGCUUAUUUGUUUAAUAUAUCAAGCACAAAACAUUGAUUGGCAGUAUUCUCCUAACUUGUAUUAUAUGAUCAAGCCUAUUUUCACCAUUCCAACAGUUUUAUAGCAAUCUCUUGUCAGAUUUCGGUCUGAGACCAAUCAAAUGUUGAGAUUGGCUACAAUUGUGAUAUAGUGAUGAUAGGUAGAAUAUUACUGAGGGUACAUGUAACUAAUGGAAAUGGGGAGAUGACCAAGAUGGUCUACAUGUAUUUUGUGAACUUGUCGAUAAUAGCAGUUACAAUCUAAAAGUAUCCUUAUUAUUUCCUCUCUUUCUUUGUUAAUUCUUUCUUUCUCAUUCUUUCAUAUCCGCUUUCUUUCCAACCCUAUUUCUGAGUUAUACUGUUUGUAUAUUUGGAAUAAAUGUUCUAUGUUUAAAUGUCUUUAGGUCAUGAAGAUUGAAUUCUUUUCUACCUUUCUAUUUCUUGUCCUUUUAUUUGCCCAUAUUUAAUGUGGCUGUAUAUUUUAUGUGAUCAUCGCCUCUUUGGUCUGUUGUCUAUUUGCAAUUCUUUUUUGACCAUUUGACUGGUUGGCAUAUUAGGAGUCUGACGAGCUCUGGUUCAUAUUUUCUUUACUGAUUUUUUUUUUUUUUUUACUCAACAUAAGAAUUCCAUUUAAAAUGGCAAAAGGAAAAUAUUCAUUAUAUUAUAAAUUGUAUGUAUUACUUAAAGUUAGGGCUCUGCAUGUAGCAACAACAAAAGGAAAUUGGAAUUUUGAAUUAAUGGCCAAUGGUCAAUUCAUUACUUAGAAUGCUUAACGAUAUGAAUGGUUUUCAUCACAAAUAAUAUUUUUACCUCGAAUGAUUGUUUAAAUAGUUUCAUAUUUUUGUCUCUUUAUAUAAAUGUUUGAUCUGCAAUUUUUAAUCUGCAAUUAUUCCUUUUAUAUGCAAGCAUCCGUCCUUGUUGUAAUGUACGUACAAUGACAGAAAUAUCCUUCAAGGCAUCUUGAAUUUUUGAAUACUCAUAAAUAAUUAUAUUUUUAGUUUGAAUUUCUUCUCAGGGACUGAACUUGUUGUACCCAGAAAACCUAUUUUCUGUGCAAUUGCUUUCUAAUGUUGAAAACAGAAUAUGGUCUGGAUUGUUAGUUUAGUUUUGUCCAGUCACAAAUUGCUGUAUUACUAUCCAGAUUCGUGUGUUCAAUUACCAUAACCUAGUCUACCUGCACUUGCCAAUAUAGUGGGUUUAAUCAUGUACAGCUAAUCGUGGUAAACAAAUAUAUGUUAACGUCAACCUUAACUGCUUUUCAAAAUUAUAGAGCAACAAUUCUUAGCAGGGUUAUUGUGCACUAUAGUUAUAUAUAGCCUCUGUAGGUCCACUACCAUUAGUUGUACAAUGUAUAUUGUUACUAUUGGUAACAGAGACUACUGUAAUAAAGACACUGCUGGAUUUUUUUUUAUGAAUUGCCUAUGCAAUAUUAUGCUCAAUAUUUGUAUUUAAAAUAUGAAACUUUCCUGACUGUUUGAAUGUUAAUUUGACUAUAAAUUGAAUGAUUAAGAUAUGAAUCAAAUAAAUACAAACAAUUCUUUAUUUUAAGAUGAGAAUUAUAACUAAAUACAAUUAUUUUUAAGAUAAUAAUUAAAUAUAACUAAAAAUAUUAUUUUUAUGAUGAGAAUCAAAAUAUAACAAAUAACAUUUAUUAUUUUGAAGGUAAGGUUAUUAUUAUAACAAAAAAAACCCACAUUAUUAUUAAGAUAGAAUAUUGUAACAAAAAUUAUUAUUUUUUAAAAAAAAAGAAUAUUAUAACAAAAAAACAAUAUUAUUUUUAAGAGUAGGUUGCAUGUGAUGUGGUUAAAUAUGAAAAUUACGAAAAACAUGUUCAUGUACACAAAUUCGUCAAAAUAGAUUUGACAUGAAACUCCCAUAUUAUGUACCAUAUGCAAUUUUCAGCAACUUUUAACUUAAAAGACAAGGACAUUACUUACAAUACAUUAAAAUUUGACUAAAAAAAUAAAAUUGGAGGGGAAUCAAAUAUUUUUAGAUAGUUGUAAAUAAUGGAUGAUUUUUAAUGGUGACAAAGUUGUGUUGUUAUAUGACAGUUUAUUAAAAUCAUGUGGUUCGUUUAAUUGCAUUUAUUAAUUUAAUCAAAGACUUCCAUAUCAUUGUUUUUAUUUUAUUUACUUUUAUUAUAUUUUAAUAAAGUUAUCAUUCACAAA